UCGCGGUGGCUGUUGGGACAGUCUGCUAAGUUGUAAGAAACGGAGGAAAGUCGGCUCCGGGCGCUUUGGUCCUCGGGGAGGGUGGGGGAAGGCGUCGAGCGCGCUGGUUGUCUUGGAUUGUGGAGAGACCACGCUGGAUGGUGGGCAGAAAAUAAUAAUAAUGAUGAUGAUCCGGACUGGCUAAAAAGACUGUUAUCCGGGGUGUCCCGGAGAAGCGGGAAGAAUGAACUGUUCAAGUCUAUUAAUUCUCUAUGAAACGGUUAAUUCAUCAACAUACAUCAGCUGAAGCCACAUUCCCUCUCUGUGCUGGCUCCUAAGUGUAGAGAUGCAGGAAGGCAUCCGUUUUGCUUCUUCAGGAGAUGAUGAUGUUAAAAUAUGGGAUUCGUCUUCUAUAACUGUUGUGGACCAGUUUAGUCCCCAUGCAUCUUCACACCCAGUUAAUUCAGUAUGCUGGGGUAGCAACAAUAACUUUUUGGUAACAACGUCAGCUGUUGGUGAUAAGAUAGUGGUUUCAAAUUGUAAAGGAAAACCAGUUCCACUCUUUGAACUAGCUGAAGGGACAAAGCAAACAUGUAUAAGCUUGAGUUCGAAUUCAAUGUAUAUUGCAAGUGGAGGAAUUGAUGGCACUGUUAAUAUCUGGGAUUUAAAAUAUAGAAAACUUCACCGAUCUCUUAAGGAUCAUAGAGAGGAAAUAACUUGUGUGUCAUUCAAUUGGAAUGAUUGCUAUGUUGCCUCAGGAUCCAUGAGUGGUGAAAUUAUCCUGCAUAGUAUUGCUACAAAUCUAUCCAGCACUCCAUUUGGUCAUGGAACUACGCAGCCCAUACGACAUUUGAAAUAUUCUCCCUUUAAGAAAGCAUUACUGGGUAGCGUCUCUGACAGUGGAACUGUAACCCUAUGGGAUGUCAACAGUCAAACUCCGUACCAUAACUUUGAAAAUGCUCAUAAAGCUCCAGCUUAUGAAAUCUGUUUUUCUCCCAUCAGUGAAUUGCUGCUUGUAACUGUAGGUCUAGAUAAAAGAAUAAUUCUCUACGACACAGCAAGUAAAAGGCAGUUGAGAACUUUAGUAGCAGAAACUCCUCUAACUGCAGUAGAAUUCAUGCCUGAAGGAACUUCACUCACUAUUGGCUCUUCUCGUGGAAAAAUAUAUCAUUAUGAUUUAAGAAAGCUGACAGCACCUGUGAAAUCAGUCAGUGCUCACAAAACAUCUGUGAAAUGCAUAACACUGCAGAAUUAUAACAGUUUUUCAAAGUCUAGUCAUAAAACAGGUUCAAGUAAACAAACUUGCAAAAAAGGAAUUCAGAAUGUUGGUAUUUUAAAAAAUCUUACAUCUAAUGUACCUACUACUUUCCUGCCCCAGUCCAUGCCAAGUAAUGAAGUUAAAGGAAGUGAUGCUAUUCCAGAUAAAUCAGGCUUGACCCAGAGCAGCAGUUUGGAUGUAAUUCCUUCCAAAGAGAUGGAUCAUGGGUAUACUUCUAAUUCAAGUAAUUUUGAAGACUUGGGAAGAAAUAGUUUGGGUGACCUAUUUUCUCCACUUCGAGAUGAUAUUGUGGCUUGUAAAGCAAAUGAAGACGUUCCAGGAAAGAAUGAUGGUUUGGAUUUUCAGUCUUAUCUUUUAAGCAUGGAUUUUCUCUCUCAGUUUAAUACUGCUUUACCUGCAAGAAAAAAUCCAGCAGGAUCAAAUCCACAUAUUGUUCAUUCAAGUCCAUUUAAUAUAUUUGCUGGAUCCCCCAUUAAAGAGGAAAAUGAGCAUCCAGAUAUUGAUGCUAAAAAAACAAAUCAUGGAAAACAAGAAUCCAAUGAGCACAUCAAACAGUUGAACUCGAGCUCUGAGUCUUCAGCUCUGAAUACUCCACCUGUUGCCAAUUUAAUCAAGAGUCCUGAUUCCAGAGAAAGACUUAUUAAGAAUAUCCAGACACAACUUUUAUAUGAAUCACCAAUUAAUGGUACUACCUCGACAAGUCCAAAGAUAACCUCCAAUAUUACUUCUGGAGUUGCUAGUACACUAUCUGAGAAAAUAGUAGAUACUAUUGGAAACAGCCGAUUGAAUGCACCUUUAUCGUCAAUACAAAUUCAUUUCAUUCAGAAUAUGAUACAAGAAACUCUGGAUGAUUUCAGGGAAGCUUGUCAUCGUGACAUUGUAAAUUUGCAAGUAGAAAUGAUCAAACAGUUUCAUGUUCAGUUGAAUGAAAUGCAUGCCUUACUUGAAAGAUAUUCUAUAAAUGACAGUUUAAUAGCCGAAAUUGAAAGAUUGCGUGAAGAAAAUAAAAGACUUCAAACCCACUUCUGACAGAUUCCUAUUCAUGUGAAGAAAAUAAUUUGAUAUUUUUGUUCCAAGUGGCUAAGACAUCAUGAUGUCAUCUGAUAAUUUCUGAAGGAGUGUAAAUUCAAUAUUUCUUACAGUACCAAAUAUUUUUAAUUGUAGAAAAGCAAAAGAAAAUGCACUUACAUUUGUAUCAAAGCGUUUCUAUGAUAAAGAAGCUAGAUUAAAAUUGAGGCUAACAGGAUUAUUAACCAGUUCCCUAUCUGUAUAUAAAGUGCCUUUAUAAAAAAGGGAACUAAAUAGGAAAUGUAUUUUGUAUAACAAUUCAUCAACCUUCUUUGCCUUGUGGUAUUGGUGGAGCUCUCUCCUUUUAGACUGAAAAAAAUGUAAGUGCCUGACUUGAUUUUUAUAUUGUACAUGCUCUUUAAAAGCUCGUAUCUUUCCUACAAUGGUUACUUUAUAAGUAUAGAAUACAACUCUAAUAUGUAACUCAAUUGUAAACAAAAUACCCUCAGCUUUUCUAUAUAAUUUGAAAAUACAGUUGAAUAAACAAUAUGUGUAGUCUUGUGUAAACAUACUUGACCCAAUAGUAUUACUAUACUAAAACCAGCAAUUUCUUAGUCUGUUCUUUCAGUAUAGUUUUAUUGAUUUCUAGUACAGAAGUCAGUUAUUUCAGUUUGACUUUGGUAUUUGUUAGAUUUUUAUUAUUAAAGUUGUAUAAUUGAAUGGGCUUAAUGUAAUUUAAACUGCAAAACAAAAUAACUAAAUUAUUCAGCUACCCAAUGGGUUAAAUAUAUGUCCUGGAUCUUCCUGUCACAAUUUAUUUUUUAAAAGAACGCAAUUUCCAUGAUAGAAACUUGUGCCUCUGAUGUAAAUGAAGAAAAUGUUUUCUGAUAGCCCAGUUGGUAUAUUUUUAAAAACUUGUACCAAGUUGAUACAAUUCAGUAAAAUGGUUAGUUUAUCCAUUAUAAUAUACAUUUUAUUGAGAUUAUCAUAAUAUAAAAUACAAAUGAAAAUAAAGAUGAUAGAGAUAUGGAGAAGGAAAAGAAAGGUGUGGGAUAAUAGGGAAGAG